CACCCACUUUGGCUUGCCUCCCUCCUCUAUUGCGUUGCUGUUGAGUGUCAAAACAAAGAGGAAGAGGAAAGAAGGAAAAGAAAAAAAAAAAAGGUAAUCAGCUGCAGGAAUGAGCUCGCACCCAAGCGAGUGGACGCCGCCCGUGGCGCCGUGGUCGCCCCUGGACAAGUCUUCAUUCGCCUUCGAAUCCGUCUCGAAGCGCUGGCCAACGAUUUUGGCCUCCUCGAUCGAUGGCCUUUACCAAGCAAGCUAUGCUCUCUCGUACUCUUCCAAUCAAUCGGCCGUACAGCCCAAGAUUGAUGAGGCCAAGAGCAUCAUCGAGAGACUCAGCGGUCUUAAACACGACAUGGGCCGUGACAAGCCGCUGGUGCCCAUUGGCGAGGAUGGUGGAGACAGCACGGCGAUGUACGACGAGGUCGUCCAGAGUGAAAAGUACACUUGGUUCACAGCUCCCUGGCUCUUUUGCGAAUGCUACCUCUAUCGGCUAUUACGCUCCUUCUUCGCCCGCUCGACACACUGGACGACAUAUGACCCAUUCUCGAGUCAGAAGCUGGCCGCUUUCCGAUCUUCGGCAGCGGCCAUCCAUAGCCUGUCAAAUGCCGUCGAGGACCUGGUGAAAAAGGCCGAAGUGUCGCAGCAGCAAGGAGGUCAAGACAACGACGAAGCCCUCGGCCUCGUAUUUCGUGAAUUGGUCCAAACGAGCCUGUGGGGCAACGCAACCGACCUUUCGCUGCUCACUCAUCUUUCCCAUGCCGACAUCCAGGACCUGCAAAAGGGUGGCCUCGGCGCAGAGGCCCAGGCAAAGCGUCAACACUUCAUCCUGAGCGGCCUGGGUGCCAUUGAAAAGGCGUGGAAAGUGAUCCUCGAAGGUUCCUCUUCCAGUGAGAAGCGAGUGGACAUAAUCCUCGACAAUUCUGGCUUCGAGCUUUUUACGGAUUUGCUCUUGGCCGACUGGCUGCUGGCGACGGGCAAGGUGCACCAGGUCGUCUUCCAUCCAAAGGACAUGCCCUGGUUCGUUUCCGACGUCACGCCGGCUGACUUUGCCUUUACGAUUUCCGCGCUCCAGUCGCCCAACUUUUUCGAAAAGGUUUCUGCAAUUGACGGUGCAAAGCAGCAGGGACAGCCGAGGGAAGCUUCGAGGAGCGUCAGCCGCCAACGCGCGAUGCAAGCCGACCCUCGUCACUUUGAAGGCGAUCUGCGCAGCAUGGACCCUGCGGGAAGUAGGAGGCUCCAAAUGAGCGAAUCGGACCGAAGGGGACGCGAACUUAGCCCUGCCCCCGCCGGUAGCCGGUCGUUGAAGAUGCGCGAGGGCAGCCUCGAUGAAAGGGCCGAGGCCGGACGGGCGCAAGAAAGCGAAGAGGCGCAGACGUCGUUGAGGGGUAGGCCCUUGGCAAACACUCCAAAGGGUAGCAGAGACCUCGCCUUGGACCCGAGCUACUUUUUGAGUGCCAGGAGCCGGACCGUGUCACCCUCGAGAAGCUUCAUCGUGGACAGCUCGGCGUCGUUUUCCUCGCUGGGAGCAGGCAGCACGAACCCAGUAGGCGAAGAGGCAGCGCGGGGUAGAAGCUUGGCCUCCCACGACUCUACUCCUACCCAGCGCCUCGCGCUACGAUGGUCAAAGCACAUCGAGACGGGCCGCUUCAAGCUGUCGAUGCCUUUCGACUUGCCCCUUGGCGGUUCCCCAAACACGUCGGGCGGGAGUAACUUCUGGACUUCCUUCCACAAUUACCCUUCCCUGCCACUCGCAGCGCCCGAUCUCUUUACGAGCCUCGAGAAAGCAAGUCUCGUCAUUUCAAAGGGCGAUCUCAACUAUCGCAAAUGGACCAGCGACGCGCAAUGGCCGUUCAGCACGCCCUUUCACGAGGUCUUGGGCCCCGUCGACGGGAAACUCAACCUUCUGGUCCUCAGAACUAACAAAGCCGACGUCUGCGUGGGCGUGCCAAAAGAGAGGCUUGCAAAGCUUGAUGAAGAAGACCCGAAUUGGAGGACCAAUGGGAAGUUCGCAGUGAUGGAGUUUGUGAAGCGAACUUAGGUGAGAGGCAGUCGGCACUUCUGCAAGUGUUUCAUUUGUUUUGGGUUUUGGGUGGCGAUCAAAAGUUGAACCAAUGGCGAUGGCCAGUGUUGCGGUACCAGAGAAAGAAAAUCGUGUCAGUUCCGAGCGUAAUAAUAGUUAACGAAGACCAA